AUGUCAGAUGGAAUAGAGCUUUUUGACGACACGCGAGAAAGGAGAUCAGAGUUUGAGAACUCAGAAGAUGAAAGGCGAUGUUCAAAGAUAGGUACUUUGAAGAAGAAGGCAAUAAAUGCCUCCAAUAAAUUUACUCAUUCUCUCAAGAAAAGAGGAAAAAGGAAGGUCGAUUACAGGGUCCCCUCUGUUUCCAUAGAGGAUAUCAGGGAUGCAAAAGAGGAGACUGCUGUCAGUGAACUUCGUCAAAAGUUACUAGAAAGAGAUUUGUUGCCGGCGAGACAUGAUGACUACUAUACAUUGCUGAGAUUUUUGAAAGCCCGAGACUUUAACAUCGAAAAGACUAUUCAAAUGUGGGAGGAAAUGCUGCGAUGGAGGAAAGAGUAUGGAACAGACACCAUCUUGGAGGACUUCGAGUUUGAGGAGCUAGAAGAGGUUUUGCAAUAUUACCCUCAAGGAUAUCAUGGAGUUGACAGAGAAGGGAGACCUGUUUAUAUUGAAAGACUUGGACAAGCUCACCCUGGCAAACUAAUGCGCAUUACCACAAUUGAUCGCUACUUGAAAUAUCAUGUCCAGGAGUUUGAGAAAGCCAUUUACGAGAAGUUCCCUGCUUGUUCCAUUGCAGCAAAAAGACGUAUCUGUACAACCACCACAAUCAUAGAUGUCCAAGGCCUGGGAGCUAAGAAUUUCUCGAGGACAGCUGCUAAUCUUUUGGCAUCCUUGACAAAAAUUGAUAAUAAUUAUUAUCCGGAGACACUCCAUCGGAUGUUCAUUACGAAUGCUGGCCCCGGUUUUAAGAAGGUGUUGUGGCCUGCCGCUCAGAAGUUUCUUGAUGCCAAAACUAUUGCAAAAAUUCAGGUUUUGGAGCCUAAAUCUUUGGGCAAACUACUAGAAGUGAUUGACCCAAGUCAAUUGCCUGACUUUUUGGGUGGAUCGUGCUCAUGCCCGGUUGAGGGAGGAUGCCUUCGUUCUAAUAUGGGUCCUUGGAAUGAUCCUGAUAUAAUGAAGAUUGUAUACAAUGUUGAGGCCUCACUUGUGAGGCAGAUUACUAGAGUAAAUGAGCCGCAGAAAUUCGACUCCUAUAUUCAUAUACCACCAUUAAAGGGCAGGACGAGUGAUACAUAUGCAGUUGAAUCUGGAUCGGACGCAGAUGAUUCUUGUUCUCCAACUAGGAAAAAUAGCUUCAGAUUUGCUCGGUUGGCCCCAGUCCAUGAAGAGGCAAAGACAUCUGAAUCGCCCACCUUCUAUAGUUGUAAUGAUCACUUCGCUGAAGAUGCAACUGGGCAUGUUGAGCACGAAUUAGAUAAUGAACCUCGAAUCAGGAGAGCUGGAAAUUCGAAUUUAGAAGCGUCUCUAGCUCGACAUUGGUUCGAAAGUAUCCAGGAGGCAAUCGUGAAGAGGAGCUUCCGAUAUGUGUUGAGGACAGUGAUACCGUUCAUUGUCAAACUUAUCAUGGUUAUCCGAAAUGUUCCUCUUGAUUACUGGAGGAGGCAGACUAAUAUUCAUCCAUCUAAUGCUGCCAUGGAACAGCUACUACCAAAUAAUGAGUCCUCUGCCCAUGCUCGAGCUGUAGGCGAAGAAGAUCAAGUUCUUCCAUGUGUACAGCGUCUUCAGAGACUCGAAAAGUUACUGGAAGAACUAAAUAACAAGCCCAAUGUUAUACCUAAGGAGAAGGACCAAAUGCUGCUGCAGUCUAUGGACAGGAUCAAAUCUGUCGAGACAGACCUUGAGAAAACCAAAAGGGUUAGCUUUAUUGUUGCUUCCCUUUAA